AUGGGGAAAAGAACGGCUUUCGAGGCCAACACCAAGAGCGCGCAUUCUGAUCGCGACUCCAAGCGCCAAAGAGUCGAUCACGCGGCAGAGCGCAACUCACCACGACCGAAUGGCAGCGCUGAAGAAAUCACGUCGGCGCGCGACUUACAAAAUGCUCUGUUCUUCGACCAAAGCUCUUCAGGCGACUUUCGAAGUGGCCUGAGUUUAUUCAAGCGUUUCCUCGACUCAAUCCUCUACCCAACCGAUGAGCACGACCUGCCCCGCAAGCGAGCCAUACUUCGCGAGUACCUGGACACACAAAAAGGAAGAGGACGGGAUGAACAGGACAAGUCGUUUCUGCAGAACCUCACCCAGGGGUGGGAUCAUGCUGUGGAAACCAACUACAGUGCGAUUGUCUCGCAGGUAACAGCUGUGCUCGCGCUCCUGUUCAAGGUCUUUGCCAGCCACGGUGAUUUCCUCGAGUACGGCACACUUCUUGCCAAGACACUCCUGCAGCCAUCCAUCGCUCGCCGUUUUGUCCGUAGUACAUCGGCAGCACCCAAAGAGGACAAUGUCAUUGCGCCGGCAUUGCGAUUGCUUACCGAGCUUGUACGCUUCAACGAGGGUGCGCAUGCAAGAGCCGUCUACGCGAAGAGGGACUUUACACUUGAGCCCAAAAUACUUGGAAGGAACAUCAAUCUUGGAAGAGAGCAGUCGGCGGCGGACCAUGUCAAGAAACCAAGCAUUCGCACGACAGCCAUCAGGUAUCUGCUAAUGCACCUGAGGUAUCAGGACGAGCGGGCAAAGAGCGAAAUCUUAUCAAACACCAACGUUGUCCGUGCUGUCUUCGAUCAUAUCCGCGCAGACCCGCCUUUCCUCAUCUACGAGAUACUCGAUGUGUUCAAAAGCCAUGUUUUCCAGGACAAGGCUAUCGCGAGACACACAAAGAGUAGGAUCUUGAACGGAAAGGCACUCUCUCGCAUAGCUAGUCUGUACAGUUACGAGGUGGAGGAAGGCUCCCUCUCGGAAGGACAGAAGGCACCUGAUCAGCUCGCGCAUGACUUCCUUCGCCUGGUCUGUACAGAUCCUGGCUAUGGUGUUAUGCUGCCUACACAAGGCUUCUAUCCGUCGACCUUCGAUGACGACGAGGGCGAACAGGACGAUGCCGCUGAUUACGGCAAUGACCUGGGCCUCGAGUCAGUUGACAACUAUAGCAAGACUCCCAAAGUGCGGAACGUCAUUCUCUCUGAGUUUAUACAGAGUCAAAGACCAUACGCAAAUACCCUUCACCAAGAGCUUGUUGUUGACAUCUUUCGAGCCUGUCCCGAGCUGGUUGCAGAUUACUUCAUCAAGCGACGCGACUUUAGCUACGAUCCCAAGCUCACCUCGACAUGGAUAGGAUACUCUGCUUUCCUUUAUCAAGCUAUCCAGCUCCCCGUGCCCAAGUACUUCGGUGCGAAGAGAAGCUUCCGCGACCACCCACCUCCAGUACCCGUGCUGAUGAACAGCAUCUUGCCACAACCACUGAAUCAGCAAGUUCUUACCAAAUGUCUCAACCACAACUCCGACCUUAUUCAGCUAUUCGCUAUCCGUGUCCUGAUAGUAGCGCUUCAGAAGCUACAAGCUGUUCUUAGAGAGCUCAAUGAUGCCGGUGCUACCAGAUCUUCUAAGCAAUGGAACCAAGCAGCUAAGCGUCUGAUCUCAGAAGUCAGUCGGCGUUGCCCACCCAUUCGCACUGUAUUCUUGGCGCUCAAGAAGCCGGGUCUGAAAGACAUGAAGCGAGAGUCAAUUACCAGAUUACUGCGGCUUUACUACGAAGCCACACCCCAAGUUGCGCUACAAGAGAAAUUCGACGUGUCGGUACCGCUAUGCAAUGCGCUAGUGGAGGCCGACAAGCCUACAGCAUCACCUGAAGAUAAAGUCUUCCGUAUUAUGGAACUUGAGCACUGGAUACAGAUGGCAAAGCUUUCGCCUGCUAUGCGAUGGUGGCAAAAGCAGAAAUCACUCCAGUACUCACCGUUUGUGACGCUUCUUAAGCUGCUGGUAACGUCGAAAGAGAGUGAACUGUAUACAGGUAUUAGAUCCUUAUUAAGCGACAUCUUGCACGACCAGGAAAUGCUGCAGACGAAAACUUCACCCGAUGCGCUUGAUGCUCUUAUCGCAAGCUUGGGGUCGACCUCUGGGUCGGCCACACCAUCCUGCGACGUCCUGGGGUUCCUAGAUGACUGCUGCGCGCGGUUCACCAAAGUACCUAUCAAAUACUUCGAUGACCUGGAUGCCAUGCGUAAACGUACUGGGCAAUCUGCAAGCAGCCUUGGCCCCUUCAGCACACUGUUGAUGACUUUGGUGGAACAGUGGCCAUUCAAGGGUGGGGAGACGUCAGUAGGCACUACGGCGGAUACCAUCGCGCAAUGGUUGUCGAGACUUCUAUAUCUUCUCAAAUUGAUUGGCGAAGAUGAGACGCAACUAGAGCAUGUACGCAAUGCUUUAGUAGAGUCUGCGAACGUGGCAUACAAAGAGGUCUUGAAGGAUGCGUUUCUGUGGAAAAUGGGCAAGGAAAGAGCUAAGGAGGCCUUGAAGCUGGCAACUGGAGCAGAUUUCAGUGGCUCGGAAAGAUCCUCGACAUCGCCGGUCCCCAGGCCCACGGAAGAGACUGAGCAGCAAGGCAAGUCUAGAUCUGCUAUCGACCUGGAGGCGCCGCCUGUGGAAGACGAAAAGCAUACCGGACUUACACGAUGGAGGAAGAAGGAGCUUGGCGAAGCUCUUGAUGAUGGAGAUAUUGGGGAACUACUAUUGUGCCUCUGCUCUGAGCACACAGAAAUUCGCAUACAAGCCAUCAACAACAUUCGACAGCUCACGGCGACAAUACAAUCCAGCAGUCGUCAUGUACCCGGAAAGGACGAGGCCGCUGCAGGACAACAAGGAAGCAAUAUGGACUCUGAACUCCAGCAACUCUAUCUCCUCCUCGGCGAGCUCCUGGAAUCGGUGGAUUUGACUGGUGCCGAAGCUUUCCCGUACGUUGGCGGCGUGCUGGCCGCUCGUUGUGCGGGUAUUGUGGCGGAUCCCACGCACUCUCUCUUCAGCACAGUAAACAAAUUUCUCACCACCGCCCCAGCCUGGGAUGUUACCACUCUACUACGCUUCUUUUGGCAUCGCAUCGUUGCCAGCCAACCUGACGACGAUACAACGUAUCACAAGGAAGUGGACUGGUACUUUGACUACCUCAUGGACAGUCUGCGGACGCCUGCAGAUAUGGAGUUGUUCCGAAGGAGCAACAUAUUCGAGCAGUUGUUGACUCAUUACGGAUCACGAUCGUGUCCAGCUUCGGCGAAGGACAAGAUUGUGAGGCUGCUGCUGCGAGCAACACAUGUGGGAGGCAGUACAACGCUCAUCACAAGGUGUGGGCUUAUCCCAUGGAUCCAGAUGAUGCUCGAUGGCUACGAUCCGCGACACCGUGCACUGAAGACACUAGCAGGACGUGUCUAUGAAACGUGCGAUCGAGAGAAGGUAGCUGCGUGGAGCAGUGACAGCCUCGCACAGACGAUGGCCUCCCUUGCGAAGGUCUGA